UAUUAUUAACUAGUCUUGUUCAGAAUUUUACCUGGCCAAAUAUUAGAAAUUAAUUUCGAGCGCAAAUGGGAGCGCAGUCCUGUAAACCCAAGACGAUUGAUUCACAUGAAUUACAAACAACAAAAGACGACCGAUAAGCAGCACGCUUUUGUAAUUGCCUUGGCGUACGAAAGCACCGCGAAGAGCGCUUAUCACCGUUACUCAUUGAACGCGAACUAAACAACGUUAGAAUAAACAAAUCUUUCCUUCAUAACAGUGUGAAAGUGCACCGCCGAUGGACGUGAAAGUGUAAUAAUAAAUAGAGCAGAAUGGAAUUAGUCGUUUGUUUAGUGAUCGGAUUUAUCACCAUCGUCCGUGGACAGUAUGAAACGAACCAAUUACCAAAUCGGAACACCAUAGUGCACCUGUUCGAGUGGAAAUGGGAUGACAUUGCAGAUGAGUGUGAACGAUUUCUGGCACCCAAGGGAUAUGCAGGUGUACAGGUUUCUCCACCCACGGAGAAUACAAUAGUAAACGAGCCGAAACGUCCCUGGUGGGAGCGAUAUCAGCCGAUAUCUUAUAAACUGAUAACCCGAUCAGGAACCGAACAGCAGUUUGCCGAUAUGGUUAGAAGGUGUAAUAAGGUUGGAGUUCGGAUCUAUGUGGAUUUGGUUAUUAAUCAUAUGGCAGGUCAAACGGCAAACGGGGGUACUGCUGGUUCGAGUGGAAAUGCAGGGAGAAUGGAGUUUCCGGCAGUUCCUUAUGGAAGAAAUGAUUUCCAUGAGCCAUGCUCGAUUAAAGAUUACAAGAAUGCUUGGGAGGUGCGAAACUGUCAACUUGUUGGUUUACCGGAUUUGAAUCAAACAUUACAGUGGACACGUGACCGAAUAGUAGACUUGAUGAAUAAGUUUAUUGACCUUGGAGUUGCUGGAUUUCGAGUAGAUGCAGCAAAACACAUGUGGCCUGAUGACCUGAAGGCUAUUUAUGAACGCGUAAAGAAUCUUAGCGGUUUCCAUGGGUUCCAAAUAGGAACUAGACCUUUCAUAGCGCAAGAAGUAAUCGAUUUAGGUGGUGAAGGUAUUAGCAAGAAUGAAUACACGGCUAUGGGAACCGUAACGGAAUUUAGAUUUUCUGCUGAAAUUGGACGUGCUUUUCGUGGUGGAAAUCAGUUAAAAUGGUUGAAAAACUGGGGUCCGGAAUGGGGAUUUCUGCCUUCUGAUCGGGCACUAGUAUUUGUUGAUAACCAUGACAAUCAACGUGGACAUGGAGCAGGCGGUGCCGAUAUUCUAACCUACAAGCAAUCUAAGGGCUACAAAAUGGCUUCUGCAUUCAUGCUGGCGCAUCCAUAUGGCAACACACGAGUUAUGAGUUCAUUUGCCUUCGAUAGCUCUGAUCAAGGACCUCCUCAAGAUUCAAAUGGAAACCUUAUUUCACCGAGUAUAAAAUCUGACGGCAGUUGUGGAAAUGGAUGGAUUUGCGAACAUCGAUGGCGUCAAAUUUACAACAUGGUUGCUUUUCGGAAUGCCGUGGCUGGCACAAAAUUGUCUGGUUGGUGGGACAACGGAAAUCAGCAAAUUUCUUUCUGUAGAACCGGGAAAGGAUUUGUGGCAUUUAACCAGGAUAGUGUUGAGUUAAGCAAGGAUUUGCAAACUUGCUUACCCAGUGGGACAUAUUGUGACGUAAUAUCGGGAUCCUUGGAACGUGGAAACUGUACUGGAAGACAAAUCGUCGUUCAAUCAAAUGGUCAAGCUAAAGUUAGCAUUCCAGUUGAUGCUGAAGAUGGGGUCAUUGCCAUUCAUGUCGGUGCAAAGCUCUGACGUCGGACAGUACUCAUUCAUACGUGCCUCUCAGUAUGUCCCAUAUACAUGGUAUCACUCGAUGUUUAAUUGAAUAAAACCGACAUUACCGGAUGAAAGCUUAUAAUAGCUUCCCACAUUCGAUUAUCUUCGUUUUCAUCUGUCGCUACCAUAAAUCACCUCAACAUACAACAGUACAGACGUUAUCGCACAUUGGCAACAUACUUACUACUGACUGUUAGGUCUUGCAUAGUGCUUUAUUUGCAAGCAGCUCGCGUAUCACAGAUCGAGGAGAAUAAUGCUUUAUAGGGGCAUAUGAUGGUGUUUUAUUAUCCACAGAA